UCCUUAAUUUACCUUCAACAAAAAUUCCUUAUAAACAUUCAACUCGUUUCUAUCAUGCAGACGAAGACGAUAAAAAAACAGAAAUAGAAAUUACUAGAGUUUCAGAAACUAACAUAGAAGUUGAUACUUUAAAACCAAUCGAAAUUAAAGAAAAUGUAUCAGUUGAUACUUUAAAACCGAUUGAACUUAAAGAAGGCAUAGCAGUUGAUACUUUAAAUCGAUUUGACGCAUCUUCGGAAGAAUGUCCACCAGAUGUUCCAAGCAACAUCCAACAAUCCUCUGAAGAACUUGCACGCAUUAAGGCAGCUUUUGAUGAAGUUGAACAAACUCCUGGUGGUAUCGAUGACGCGAAAGGUGUUGUGCAUGCAGUUAUUGGCGCUGUGGUUGAUGUCCAAUUUCCACCGGAUGUUCCCUUACCCAAUAUUCUAAAUGCCUUAGAAGUACCAAGACAUUCUGUUAAACUGGUAUUAGAAGUUGCAGCACAUUUAGGCGAACAUGUUGUACGAACUCUAGCAAUGGACACUACAACUGGUUUAGUUCGCGGACAGAAAGUUCGCGAUACUGGUAAACCAAUUAGCAUACCAGUGGGUCAAGCGACUUUAGGUCGUUUGAUGAACGUAAUCGGGGAGCCAAUCGAUGGUUUAGGUCCUAUUGAAUCCGAACAUCGACAAUCCAUACAUGGUGAAUCCCCAGAUUUUACGGCAAUGAGUACUGAUCAAGAAAUUUUAGCUACAGGUAUUAAAGUUGUUGAUUUAUUAGCACCGUAUCAAAAAGGUGGUAAAAUUGGAUUGUUUGGAGGUGCUGGAGUGGGUAAAACUGUUCUAAUUAUGGAGUUGAUCAAUAAUAUUGCUAAGGCUCACGGGGGUUAUUCCGUGUUUGGUGGAGUUGGAGAACGUACUCGAGAAGGGAACGAUUUAUACAUGGAAAUGCAAGAAUCGGGAGUUAUUGAUUUGAAAGGGAAAAAUUCGAAGGUCACCUUAGUUUAUGGCCAAAUGAAUGAACCUCCUGGUGCGCGAGCGAGAGUUGCUUUAACUGCACUUACAGUUGCUGAAUAUUUCCGCGAUGCCGAAGGGCAAGAUGUGUUAUUGUUUAUUGAUAAUAUAUUUCGAUUUACUCAAGCUGGAUCGGAAGUGUCUGCAUUGUUGGGACGAAUACCUUCUGCGGUUGGUUAUCAACCGACGUUAGCUACCGAUAUGGGUACAAUGCAAGAACGUAUUACAUCAACUACAAAAGGUUCUAUUACAUCCGUUCAAGCGAUUUAUGUUCCUGCAGACGAUUUAACUGAUCCCGCUCCAGCAACAACAUUUGCACAUUUAGAUGCCACUACGGUGUUGUCCCGUUCCAUUGCUGAAUUAGGAAUUUAUCCUGCAGUCGAUCCGUUGGAUUCGUCUUCAAGAAUUCUUGACCCGAAUAUUAUUGGGGCCGAACAUUAUAAUACAGCAAGAGCUGUGCAGAAAAUUUUACAAAACUAUAAAUCACUCCAAGAUAUUAUUGCUAUCUUAGGCAUGGAUGAACUAUCCGAAGAUGAUAAAUUGAUUGUUGCUCGUGCUAGGAAAAUUCAACGUUUUUUAUCACAACCAUUUCAAGUAGCUGAAGUGUUUACGGGAAAAACGGGGAAAAUGGUACCGUUAGAAAAAACUAUUAAAGGUUUUCAUUCAAUUAUUUCCGGGGAAUUAGAUCAUUUACCAGAAAUUGCGUUUUAUAUGGUUGGUGAUGUAGAUGAAGUUAUUGCUAAAGCAGAAUCUUUAGCGAAAUUACAUUAAAAUUUUUUUGGGAAAUGAGAAUAUUGUUUAGGUUUCUUGAGUAAUAUUGGAUUUAUUUCAACUGGAGUUUUAACUAGUU